AUGUCUAUUAUUGAAACCAAAGAAAUAGAUGAAAAUUUCGUUAAAUUGAAAAAAGAUCAUUCUAAUUGGCCAUACUCAAUUGAAUCAAAUAUAUCAAAAAAUGCAUUAAUUGAGUUUCGUGAUAAAGUUAACUUAGACAAUUUGAGAGAACUGCCAUGUGCGCUCUGCUCAAAAUUAUGCGAUAAUAAAGAUUUCAAAGAAAUUCAAGCUAAUAAAAUCGAUUUAUCAUUAAUUGAAGCACCUCAACAUCUUAUUGAUCCAUCUUUUGAAAUCGAUUUUCACUAUAAUCACCCUUAUAUUGACUCUGUUGGAUUAAAAAUUCUUUUUGAUCGUAAUAGGUUUAUACCUUGUAAUUCUGAACCUCAUAACAAUAAUGUUAAUGAUUCCUUUAAUUUACGAGUUUGUAAAAUUUGUCUUACUUCUUUGCAAAACCAUAAAACCCCACCACUUUCCUUAGCCAAUAAUAUGUGGAUUGGCCCUACGCCUUCAUGCCUUCAAGGCUUAACUAUUCCUGAGCAAAUUUUAAUUUCACCAGGAUAUACAUGCAUAAAUAUUAUUCAAUUAACAAAUAAAAGACACACCCAUCACAAACUCAAAGGUCAUAUUAUCACGUUACCUCAAAACCCAGGAUCAUUGAUUAAAACUUUACUCUUACCAACUUAUCAUUUAUGCGAAUAUAUAAAAAUUAUGUUUAUUGGGCAUGGAAAGCCGACUGAUUAUCAUCUUAAGAAACAUAAUAUAUUAUUUAAAGAUUUCAAAUUCAAUAAAACUGUUUUAGAUGCAUUUCCUGAAGGAGAUAUUCCUGAUUCUUUACUUUUAACAACUACUCAUGUUAAUCUUGACCCGCGAGAAUUUGAACAUUAUACUGGCUAUGUUCAAGAUCUGUUUGACCAUAAUGAGUCAGAUAGUAAUAAUGAUGAAAAUUCGAUGAGCGAAACAUCUGAACUUAGACCAUCUGGCAUUUUAAAUACUGAUAAUAUUCCAAUGACAGAAAAUAAACUCAAUUUACUUGCAAUUCAAAAACUUGCAAAUAAUAUCAACAAGCGUAUUAAUACCCAAUUUGAUACUCCAGUUAGAAAUAAUAAUACAAAUGAAGCUAUUCAUUUGGAAAAUCCUAUAAUAUAUAUUUCUCACGGUCAUAAACCCCUAAAUGAAUAUAGAGAUAAUUUUCUCUUUCCUGCUGCAUUUCCUGUACUUUUCCCUUAUGGUAUUGGUGGUUAUGAAGGCCAUAUUCCACGUGUAUUUUUAAAAGAAUACCUUAAUCAUCUUAUGCAGGUAUCUUCUGCAGCUUAUAAUCUAACUAAGGAUAAAAAUUUUGAGCGAUCAGCUGAUUUAAUUACAACUAUUACUCCUGAGAAUAUAAAAAAAGCAAUCGAACAAGAACAAAAUAAUGAACCUAUAACAAACACCGUAAUUCUUGAACUACUUAGAAAUAUUAACAUCGCUGGCUCAAAACUAAUGGCCUCGCAUCAUCCAAUAGUAAUGAUGUAUGCUGGUAAUGAAAUUAAUAUUAAUACUCUUUUACCUAAAAAUUUUCCAAAAGCUACUGAACAUGCUCGACUUGCCCAUCUCGACCCUUCGGCUGUUUCUAAAUACUUUGAUGUGAUCACUAAAUUAAUCUUAAAUACAGUUAUUGGAUAUAAUAGAAAAGAAGGUGGUGUAUUUGGCUUCGUAAAAAAUUAUUAUGGAGUUAUUGAGUAUCAAGACCGUGGCACUCCUCACUGUCAUUUACUUCUAUGGUUACAUGGUUCACUAAACCCGAUCGAAAUCCGAAAAAAACUUAAAGACGAUAAUGAAUUCUGUCAAUGCUUAUUAUCAUAUGUUAGCGAUAUUGUUCGAGAAGACAUUAAUUAUUUUACUAAUGGUGAAAUCAUAACUGAUAAAAUGCUAGAGACCGAGUAUAAAACUCCAAAAUCAGUUGAAGAAAGACGAAUGCACCCAUCAUUUUUUUCCAUCCUGGAUCCUAAUUUAUCCAAUUUUGCUGAAAAUUUUCAUUUAGAUUUGCUUUCUAUUGUUAAACGCACAUUAUUUUACCAUUGUAAUAAAUUCUGCAAAAAAUACAAUCAUGGUUUUCUUCAUGAAUGUAGAUUUGAUUUUCCACGAGAAUUAGUUAACCCUCCCAGUAUAAUUAUUCCAGAACAAGGCGUUAUUUCUGUUCAAUGUACUAACGCAUUUAUUAACAAUCAUAACCCUUAUAUAACAUCUUCAUACCACUCGCGUAAGCUCAUCACGAAAUGUCUUAAUAGAAUAGCCGGUCAAACUGAACUUACUGGCCCCCAAAUUUCUGCUUAUUUACUAGGACUUAAUGAUCACUAUACUCCUUGUAAAUUUGCUCAUAUUCAUGUCCAUUCCUUUGAAUAUUAUCUUAUAAAUAAAUGGACCGCAUAUAACUAUAAUAUUGUAGACAAUGCCGAUUAUUGGCAAUAUACUCAAGAUAAUGAUCAAAACUUUAUACCAGAAUCUUUUUUAAUCACAGCAUCUGAUAAUAAUCUAACAACCGCUAAUCUUCGCAUUGAUUACCAAUUUUGA